AUGGCGACGGCGACGGCGACGGCACAACAAUCAUGCACCAAUACCACCUUCGCCGUCGCCCUCCGCAACUGCACAAUCUCGUCCGACGUGACGGCAUGGGGCCAUCUCGUCGAGGUCGGCACCCCGCCGCAGCGCCUCUGCCUGGUCCCAUCAACCGUCGUCAACUCGACCCUCCUCUCCCAAAAGUCGCUCUGCGCCAUCUCACAAACGCCAGCGCUGUACCAAUGCGAGGCCCUCCGAGGCGGCUUUUUUAAUGAAAACUCGUCGUCGACGUGGACGACGGCGACGCUGGCCGACGGCAACGACACGCGUAACAACCCGACAUGGGACUACUUCAACCCGCCCGGCAUCACCAAAGUCGGGUACGACGUCCUCAACUUCCCCAACGCCAACGUCGCGCUACAGGGCACGGGGUUGGCGCUGAACCAGUACGGCAACAAUUCCAACGCCGGCAUGCUGGGGCUAGGGAUCGACUCGGUGUUCCUACAGGAUGCCGUGCGGCAGGGCGUUUCUGGGUCGCGUUCGUGGUCGCUCGACGCCGGGUCAUAUUCGCUGGCGAACCCGCGGAACGGGGAGUUGGUAGUGGGUGGGUACAAUGCUGGGCGAACGGAUGGAUCGUUUUACUGGACGGCGGUGAGUAACAUGGCGGGGGACCGGCCGUGUCCGUUGCGGACAAGGAUGGUCGACGUCAGCGUGACCCUGGCUAAUGGGAGUGUCGUGCCCGUGAACUCGAGGGCCGAGAUGGUCGAGGCGUGCAUCGAGCCUUACGAUAACUUGUUUCGCUUCACGGCAGGGAUGCUGCUCCGCUGGAAGGAGAUCACGGGGUUUAAUGACUCGCAAUUGGGGGUCUAUAGCAACCAGGGCGCGGCCGAAGGACUGAAUUUGUCGUUCACGGAGUAUGGACUGCCGUAUGCGAUGGAUAAGGUUGGGGACUGGUCGCUGUCCGUCAGGCUCGAUAACGGCUAUAUAACGACCAUGCCGGCCUCGGAGCUAGUGCGCCCGUUGCUGGGCUGGGACCGGCAGGGUAACCGGGUGCCCGUACCGGGGAUGGCCAACUUGCAGAUCUUGAAUAAGCCGACUGACGUGGGCGAGGUGCCGACGCUGGGCAAGAUCUUCCUGUCACGUAGCUACCUCGCCGUCAACUACGAGACAGGCCGUUUCGGUCUUGCCACGGCUGCCGUACCUACCCAACCGGACAAGUACAUGGCCCUGCCCUGCAAGGAUAGCAACAACGGCACGUCCGGAACGGGCUCCUCGGGAAGUGGCAGUAGUAGCACCAACCUGGGUGCGGUAAUUGGUGGCGCCGUGGGAGGAGGCGUGGCCGUGAUAUUAUUAAUUGUCCUCGCCGUACUGCUCUGGCGGCGCAAGAGGAGAGCAAGACGAGUGGAAGUGGCCCACGGAACCCUGCAUCCGCUACAGCAAGACAUCGACCUGGGAUACCGGCCGCCGACGCCAGUCGUCGAGGGGGACGCGCAGAAUCGCGUGUUUGAAGUCGACUCGCAGACCACUGCACCUGGCUCACCAUUCUUCAAGCAUAAGACGCAAAACAGCAAUCCGAGUCCACUGUCGGCGGGCGGUUCCUUCUUCGGGGACACCAGGGCUGUCUCGCCGUAUAUCAACGAGGGCCAACCGCCACCAGGGUCCAGACCGUUGCAUGCCAUGUCGCAGAGCGCUUCGUACGAGACGGCUCAUGAGGUGCCAGGUUGA